ACAUUGUUAUGAAUCAGAAUGUUUUUAAAUCAAAAAAGAAAGUUUGUGUCUAGUUAAAUACACCUGAAGAUAAGAUUUCAGAGAUAAGAUAAAAAGGAACAUUUUUGUGCAUGGAAAAUCGGUUAUAGACAAAACAAAGUUAUUUGCGACUAAUUUUACACGAAAGUUGUCUAAACUAAAGUUUUCUACGACCUUUUCAACGAAUUUACUUAUUCAUCUGCUGAAUUUCCAAAAAUGGAUACUGGAACGAAACCCCCUACUAGAUUUGUUAGUGUGAAGUGUUUCAGAUAUUCGCUCGAUGCUAUUAAUGUACUUCAGGUGGUCAUUGCGUGCCUAACAAUAAUUGGUGCAAUUUCCAUAAAAGCCCUGUUCCGCGAAUAUCACUUUACGUCAUGGUACUCGGCACUGCAUAGCUUACCAAACUUAUGGAUUGCGAUAGGUUCUUUUCUAAUAAUCUUCUCCGUUUUCGGUGUAUUUGCAACGAUUAAGAACAGCUGCAAGCUGAUUAAUUUGUACGCAGUGUCUAUCAUAAUUGUUUUCAUCUUGCAAAUGGCAGCAGCGAUAACAGGAUUCACAUUGCUUCCGCAAGCCGGAAGAAUAGUACGAGGCUCACUUAACUCGAUGAUGGAAGGAUAUGAGUACAGUUUUAGGUACAGAACCACUAUGGAUUGGAUUCAAGAGAGCUUUGAAUGUUGUGGAAACAGCAGCCCAUCUGACUGGGAUACGAUAUUAACCAGUCCACCGCAUUCGUGCUGUCCAUUUAACAGCGACUUUGAUCAUUGUGACCGUUAUCGUUCCCAUGAUCGAGGUUGUCAUUCAUUUUUAUACGACAUGGUAUUCCGGUGCAUACUGAUCAUUGCAUCAUCGGCAUUAGUUGUUGGACUUUUGCAGAUUUGGGGCAUCAUGUGCGCAUUUAUGUUGGCUUCGAGAGUGCGACAAGAGAAAACUGAACGUGAUGUUCAGAAAUGGACUGCUGGCUUAGUGGUGAAUAAACAAGGAGGAUUGGAGACGAAAAUAUUGGAGGAAAAACAUGGAGACAUUAACUAUAUCUAAUUAGCGUACUAAAGGUUCACCAAUUCAACAAUUUAGCAUAGCUCUACCUAAACCUAACAAACUAGAGCCGAGUAGAGAUUGUAUUUGUAGUGUAUGAAGACUGUUUAAGCAGAAGUAGCUGCCUGCGAACUGCGAACGACUCUAGAAACGUACUAUGUUCAAAAUGAACAACAUUAAACUCAACGUUGUUAUGAAUCAGAA